AUGAAAUCGGUGGGCGAAAUCAUACAACACAAACGAGAGAUUCAGCUGGGUUCCAGACCACCUUUGUUUCACCUGGGAUUUAUCGGUGACAACCGGGACUCGUGGCUGAAGGCGCGUAAUGGACUACAACGAGUUCAACACUCCACAACCGUCCGAGGCAUACUGAUCACAAUGGCCGUAUUUGGAGUUAAAACCUGA